UCUUCCAUUUCUAGAAGUGUUUUGCCCCAUGCAGUGUAGGAGGAUCAGGUGACCAAGGUUUUUUAGAAUGUUCCCUUUUCGAGUUCUGCUGCUGGCACACUAUUUUGAGGCAGUGACAUCAUCUUUUCCCUCUUGAGCGCACUCCUUGCGGCUCCAUAAUUCAGGCCCUGCCAUCUUUCACCUGGACUGCGGUGACCUCCAUUCAUCCUCAGGAGAGGGACAGAAAUGGCUUCAGACAUACCUGGAUCGGUGACAUUGCCCGUUGCCCCCAUGGCGGCCACAGGACAGGUGAGGAUGGCAGGGGCCAUGCCUGCCCGUGGAGGAAAGCGGCGUUCCGGAAUGGACUUUGAUGAUGAAGAUGGUGAAGGCCCCAGUAAAUUUUCAAGAGAGAACCACAGUGAGAUUGAGAGGCGCAGGCGGAACAAGAUGACACAGUACAUCACGGAGCUGUCGGACAUGGUGCCCACCUGCAGCGCGCUGGCCCGGAAGCCGGACAAGCUCACCAUCCUCCGCAUGGCCGUCUCCCAUAUGAAAUCCAUGCGCGGCACCGGGAACAAGUCCACAGAUGGCGCCUACAAGCCCUCCUUCCUCACAGAGCAGGAAUUAAAGCAUCUCAUCCUUGAAGCAGCUGAUGGAUUUCUGUUUGUAGUGGCAGCUGAGACUGGCCGAGUGAUUUAUGUGUCCGACUCUGUCACCCCUGUUCUGAACCAGCCCCAGUCAGAGUGGUUUGGAAGCACACUCUAUGAACAAGUGCAUCCGGAUGACGUGGAGAAGCUGAGGGAGCAGCUGUGCACCUCGGAAAACUCAAUGACAGGCCGCAUCCUGGACCUGAAGACUGGGACGGUCAAGAAGGAAGGGCAGCAGUCGUCCAUGAGGAUGUGCAUGGGCUCCCGGCGCUCCUUCAUCUGCAGAAUGAGGUGUGGAAAUGCUCCUUUGGACCACCUUCCUCUAAGCAGAAUAACCACCAUGAGGAAAAGGUUCAGGAAUGGUCUUGGCCCUGUGAAAGAGGGAGAAGCCCAGUAUGCUGUAGUUCACUGCACAGGCUACAUCAAGGCCUGGCCUCCGGCAGGAAUGACUAUACCUGAAGAGGACGCCGACGUGGGACAAGGCAGUAAAUAUUGCCUGGUGGCAAUUGGGAGACUCCAGGUGACCAGUUCUCCUGUGUGCAUGGACAUGAAUGGGAUGUCGGUGCCCACCGAGUUCUUGUCCCGCCAUAACUCUGAUGGAAUCAUCACAUUCGUGGACCCACGAUGCAUCAGUGUGAUUGGCUACCAACCCCAGGACCUUCUGGGAAAGGACAUUUUGGAGUUCUGCCACCCUGAAGAUCAGAGCCAUCUUCGUGAGAGCUUCCAGCAGGUGGUGAAGCUGAAGGGCCAAGUACUGUCAGUCAUGUAUCGAUUCCGCACCAAGAACCGGGAGUGGAUGUUGAUCCGCACCAGCAGCUUCACCUUCCAGAACCCCUACUCUGACGAGAUUGAGUACAUCAUCUGCACCAACACCAAUGUCAAGCAACUUCAGCAGCAGCAGGCAGAGCUGGAGGUGCACCAGAGAGAUGGGCUAUCAUCGUAUGACUUGUCCCAGGUCCCUGUCCCCAACCUGCCAGGCAGUGUUCACGAAGCUGGGAAGUCUGUGGAAAAGGCAGAUGCAAUCUUCUCCCAGGAAAGAGACCCUCGGUUUGCUGAUAUGUUUGCAGGAAUCAGUGCAUCGGAGAAGAAGAUGAUGAGCUCGGCCUCUGCAGCGGGAACCCAGCAGAUCUACUCCCAGGGGAGCCCGUUCCCUCCCGGACACUCGGGGAAGGCCUUCAGCUCUUCAGUGGUGCAUGUGCCUGGAGUGAAUGAUAUUCAGUCCUCCUCUUCGACAGGCCAGAACAUGUCUCAAAUCUCCCGGCAGCUAAACCAGAGUCAGGUGUCGUGGACAGGGAGUCGGCCACCUUUUCCAGGACAGUCUAGCAAGACCCAGUCCUCUCCCUUUGGGAUCGGAACAAGCCACAGCUACCCGGCAGACCCCUCCUCUUACAGCCCGCUCUCCAGCCCAGCCACCUCCUCACCAAGCGGGAAUGCCUACUCCAGCCUUGCCAACAGGACUCCAGGGUUCGCUGAAAGUGGACAAGGUAGCGGGCAGUUCCAAGGACGGCCCUCAGAAGUCUGGUCACAGUGGCAAAGCCAGCACCACGGUCAGCAGAGCGGUGAGCAGCACUCCCACCAGCAGCCCAGUCAGACUGAAGUGUUCCAGGACAUGCUGCCCAUGCCAGGAGAUCCCACCCAGGGGACUGGCAACUAUAACAUCGAAGACUUUGCCGACCUGGGCAUGUUCCCCCCAUUUUCUGAGUAGCUUUGAGGCUCCCACUGUACAAUGCCACCCCUGCUGUGCCACCAAUGCCCCUGUGAACGGGGCCUACCCUCGCCCUGCUUGCCCUGCCACAGGACCCCCACCAGAAGCCGUUCUCCCGCUGUGUCCCCAGGCGCAGCAUUUCUCUGCUCUCACCCAUAGCUGUGGCUACUCUGCCACUGACCAGGGCCCCCAGGUAGACGUUCGAGGAUUGGUUGUAUUUAUUGUAUUUUUUCUGUGUGUGCUCAGGAGGUGAGCCUGCUGGGUCCUUAAAUUUCGUUGUGAAUAAUCUCUUAACAGACAAUUUAUACUCAUAAAAAAUUCAGUGAUGCUCAGAGAAACCACAUGGCACCAGCAGGCCUGCCCAGGAUGCUGAAGUCAGCGGCUUCUUUCUCUUCACCUCUGUUGGUUGGGUGGUCCGGGGUGGGCUUGGGGAAGGAGGCGAGCAGGAAGCACAGGCCUUGUCUGCCAGCUGGGGGCUGAGGAGCCCAGGGACACGGAGGUGGCUGCCCUCAACUCCACUGACCUCCCCGAGAACUCAUCGUGCCGUGGGAUGUAUGUACUUUGUGCAGUGUGACAUGAACUUUCUGUCUUAAUGGACAUGCUGUGCCCAUGUCUGUCACAUGUGGCCAGAGUGAGUGUGUGGAACCCACAGAGUGUACAGUGAGUGCCAGGACUGAGCCAUACGCCCAGUCCCCAAGCCCAGCAGUAGCACUGCUGUGACUGGAGGACGCUUGGCCUGGGGUCAGGAGCCAGGUUCACAGGGUCAUGAGAGUCACAGCUGGGGACCUGCUCACCUUGACAGUGGUAAAAGACCCUAGUGCAGAUUCAGGUCCGCCCUCUUCAAGGAGCCAGCCUCAUCCUGUAGCAGCCCCUUGGGCACACUCCUGCCUCCCUCCCACUGAGGUCUGAGCAGCUGUGUUCCUAAUCUCCCACAUUGGCAUCACCUUGCUCCCUCUUAUCCCUGCCCAUUCCCACAUGUCCUGAGGUCACAGAUGCCUGGGCCUUUCUGGACAGGAGUAGAUGGCAGGAGCAAGACACCCAGGCCCUCCUGUCCUAUCUGGUGCCAUGUUCUGCUUAGUGGCCCUGGAGGUGGCCACUGAGCCUCCUUUUUCCAGCUUGAUGGGAGGAACAGGGGUGGCUUGGGAGGGACAAAGUGCAGGCCUUUGGUGCAGAAGACUUGGGUUCCGGUUCUGGCUCCAUUUCCGAUUCUGCCACAUACUUAUCGGGGCCUUGAAUUCCUUAUAUGAUCUCAAGACAGGAGCAAGAUGGCUUCCAGAAGCUUCUGCUUGGCUGACCUCUGAGGCCCUGCUCCCUGAUAUGCUGUGCUGUGCUCAGACUUCUCUCAGGGGAGAUGGUUUGAAGACCUAUUUUCACAGGCCUCCCCUGCCUUCCCCACCCUUCCCGGUGGGACAGAGGGUUCCCCCAGACUCCCACGUUGCCAUCUUGCUGUGACUAUCACCCUCCUGCUCUGCAUCACCAGCCUGUCAGCUCACUGACACCCACAUAGGAGAGUAGCUGUGGUGGCCAUGCAGGACAGUCCUUGUGCCCCCAGAUUCUGGGGGGCCGGGAGGGGGUGCAUUGGUUGUCAGUGGCCUGGGAGCCAGUGAACCCAGCAUGCAAGGACAAGUCAGGGGAGAAUGUGGUUCUUUGAAGGCUCAGUAUCGAUCCCCAGCUCUGUCUGGCAUCCAGGGAGACCCAUUGCUCAGUGUUGAUGGGAAUUUCACCUGGUAAAGACCCACAGUGCUCAAUGGAAUGCCUGUGGCUGGCAGCCAGUACAUGUGAUCCCAGUUCCUAGGAGCUACCUUCACCCUGACUUUGCAGUUUGUAAGCCUUUUGUCUGUAGUAGUGACUGGGUUCUGAGUUUAGUGUUCCCCCACCUCAGAGUGAAGCUUUCUUGCUUCUGGGCACAUGGCAGUUGGUUGAAACCCUGCACAUCCCCAUGGGGCAGCCUAGAAAGGGGCUCUCUCUAUAUGCCCUGCCCCUGGGGCUGCCUCUACCUCCUGCAGCCUUGAACUUGCCCCAGGCCAUGGGCGUAAUUAUUCCCCCCUCCCCCCAAAGAAGGCACAAAAAUAGCUCUCUGAUCAAAGAAGUAUUUCUUAAUGAAUUGAAAACAGACUCCUUGCAGCCUUUGGCUUGUGAAUCCAGAAGUAAUGGGAGGUCUUAUGUUUGUUUUUGCCUUAUGUUUUUUGGAGGAAAAUUAGAGACUUUUCAUGAAUGCACACACAGGUGAACACAUGCACAGCGCACCUGCCCUGUGUCUGGGCUCUGCAGGGCACCGAGGGGGCAGAAGAACAGGCGAGGAGCUCUGCUCCUACCACCCUCCCUCUGCUUCCUCCCCCGGCACUAGACCCUGGGAGUUGAGGGUUAGUGACUAUCCAGGCUCUGCCUCCUUCCCCUCCAGCCCUGUCCUAGGAACAUCUGCAGGGAACCCCAGUGGAGUCUGGGCAGCUGGCUUGCAUUCAAUGUCUUUCCUAUUCCCCACACCACUUGUGAUUCCUGGAAGUGAAUGUGUAAAUAGAUAAUAGUGGAGAUGGAGGAGUUGAAGGCCAGGACUGGGAGGAUCCCACACCCAAGGGAUUUUCUCACCAAAUAUUUUUGAGACAAACUGGAGUUAAGAAUUAAAGUCCCAGGGUUUAAGCAUCCAGGUUUGCAAAAAACCUUCCAUGCCAGUCCUGCCCAGCCUCAGAGGCCAGAGUGCUCACGCUAUGCUUGUCCCAGCCAAUGCCCAGCACCUCUUCUACUGGAGACUGGGUGAGGCUGGAUUAUGAAGGGGACCAGCAUUCAUGGCUUUGUUUGGCUCUGUGACUCACUUCUCAGUCACCCCUCCUCUGAGGUACUGGACUUUGCACCAGCUCCCCCAGGCUGAGCAAGCAGAAGGCUUUCCCCAAGAGAGGGCCACGCGGUGACGCCUGAGCCCCUGGCAAGGGCAUGGAUGCAGCACAGUGACAGUGACAGUGGCCAAGGAUGGUUCUAGAACACACUGCCUGCAUGUUACUCCCCCUACUUUUGCUUUUAGUUUUGGCUUCCGGGAAUGAUAGGGUCAUUCGUUACAAAUGCCACAUCCUGCUCUGCUUUCCGACAGGUCACGUUCAACCAUGUUGUUAUUUUAUGAGUGGUGAAUAUUGCGAAUAGUGGGGGGAUCCUGAUAGCUGAUGGAACUGAACACAGAGGAGCUUUAAUCUUCUAUAUCAAUGAAGUUGCCUGUGUUGUCCAGAUGAACCACACUCCCACAUGUUAGCAUUCCUGCUGGCACCAGCCAAGAGAUGAAGCUGACCCCCGGGAAUGACCGGUGGUCUCUCCCCCACCCAGCUCACUUGGGGAAGCCCAUGAGCUAUGCCAGCAUAGGGAGCACUCCCUCUCAGGGCCCACCUGCUCCGACCUGCCACAGAAACAAGCAUAAACUAGUGACCUAACAGCUCUAGCCAGUAGCAGCUCCGAUUGGAAACACCCUCUCUAUUAUCAGAAAAUACAGGUUUGGUCUAAGUUGCAGGGCCUUGACUUGUCAGGACUCUCCCCACCAAGCCCAGUCCUGAGGAGCCACAAGUCUUCCUUUUCCUCCACUGCCUGAGUCUGGGGCAACUUCAGAGACACCACACAAUGGUGUGAGCACAUUUUCAAAUGUCCAAAUCUCUGGGUCUUGUGGCCAAAACUGGCUUUACAGUGAAGCAACUGGCUGAGACCUGUGGGGCACUGACGUAUGUGCAAGUAUGAGACGGGGGUUCCCAGGCUGUACAGGACCAGGGCAGCUGGCUUCAUCUAACGAUCUCAGUUUCCUUUAAAAAAAGGAAAAAAGAUUUCACAAGCAGGCUUCAGUGGACAAUGUAAGCAUUUAAUCAUUUCUCUUUUAACCUUACUUCUUAUGGAUGUGAACUGUGCUGUGGAUAAAUCAUUUGUAUUUCUUGAAUGUUCUCUAUGACUAACAGUUAUUAAGUCUGUUGUGUAUAUGUGUAACUAAUGUAACUGCCUUUUAAAAUUUCACUACAAUAAAAGUGACUUAGCUCUGAACAA